AUGGCUCUCAGUUUCAAUGAUGGAAACUCACUGUUCAACUUUGUUGUACAAGACGGUAAUGGUGUCAAAGGCCUGGUGGACUCGGGCCUAGCCAAGCCACCCAUUGACUUAUCAUUGCUGGAUGGGCCUAAUCAUGACCAAGUCGUGGUGGCCAUUGUUAAAGCCGCCGAGACUUUAGGGUUCUUCCAAGUGGUGAACCACGGCGUGCCUGUGGAACUGCUAGACGGCCAGAGAAGACGGACGGAGAAGAUUGGGCCACUACCUGAGGCGGUGGAGCUCGAUGGGGUGGCUCAUUAUCGGGAGUUCAUGUUUGAAGACUACAUGAAAAACUUCUUUGGACAAGCUCACGAUGGAAAGAAGUCCCUUGAUUUUGCUCAUAUCGGGAGUUCAUAUUCUUUUCUAUGUUAG